CGGUUGGGCGCUCCAGACCGCCAGAUUACCGCGUCCCGGCGCUAGGACCGUCUUACGGAUCGUCAGAACUUUGAUAGAGCAUCCGCGUACUCUGCGCCACACAGCAAGAACACAAAAGAGGCGCCACGGUCUCUAUCGUCGUGCGACAGACUGGCGGUGGAGCACGAGAGGGGAGGAGAGGGCGGCCAAGCUUCGCCAUCAAGCUUUGCCGAGAGAUUGGCAGUGCAAGAGCCGACAUAGCCGUUAUCAAGGGUCCGAGGGUCCUGUCACCGCAGCAGCCAUGCCUACGCUCGAGGUCAACAACUUCAAUAUUGUCUGCGCAACGCUGGGCGGCUUCAUCACGCUUUUCGGCCUGGUCAGCUAUUUGAUGAAGGAGAAAUUUUACCUUAGUGAAGCAUUAAUUUCUCUUAUUGCCGGCCUCGUCUUCUCGCCACAUGGCACCAAUUGGAUCAGACCAGACGACUAUGCAUUCAAUAGUCCGCAGAAUUUGGAUACCAUUACCCUCUACUUUACCCGCCUGGUCCUGGGUGUUCAGCUUGUACUGGCAGGUGUGCAGUUGCCUUCAAAGUACAUGAAGACAGAAUGGAAGAGUUUGUCCCUGCUGCUCGGCCCCUGCAUGACCAUCAUGUGGCUCGUAACCAGUUUGCUCGUCUUUGCCAUGGUUCCGCACAUUAGCUUUUUGCAGGCGCUGGCUGUAGGUGCUUGUGUCACGCCCACGGACCCUGUGCUUUCCAACUCGAUUGUCAAGGGCAAGUUCGCCGAUGCAAAUAUUCCCAAGGAGCUCCAAAAGAUUAUUGUUGCGGAAUCGGGAGCUAAUGAUGGUCUGGGCUACCCAUUCCUCUUCCUCCCGCUGUAUCUUAUCCAGCACAUUGGCCAUGGCGGUCAGGGCUCGGAUAAUAGCACUAGAGUUGCCAUGGGCCUCUGGUUUGGCGAGACCUGGGGUUAUACUAUUAUUCUGAGUGUGGCAUAUGGCGCGGCAGUAGGAUGGGUUGCAAAGGAAUUCUUGCACUGGGCCGAGGAGAGAAAGUAUGUUGACCGUGAAAGCUUCUUGGUGUUUGCCAUUACCCUAGCUCUCUUCAUUGUCGGCACGGUAGGAAUGAUUGGCAGCGACGACGUGCUUGCGUGCUUCAUUGCCGGCAACGUCUUCACCUGGGACGACUGGUUCCGCCUCGAGACCAUGGACGACUCUUUUCAGCCCACCAUCGAUAUGCUUCUCAACGUCUCGAUUUUCAUCUGGCUCGGCGCCACGUGCCCCUGGAGCCUUUUCGCCAACUCGCCCGUCAUUCCCCUCUACCGCCUUGUUCUUCUAGGAAUUCUCGUCUUGUUGCUACGCCGCUUGCCCAUCAUCUACGCUUUGCACAAGCAGAUUCACCAAAUCGAGCAACGACGACAGGCGUUGUUUGUGGGCUUCUUUGGUCCCAUUGGUAUUAGCGCCAUGUUUUAUCUCUUUGUCAGUCUCGAGUUUCUCGAAAACAUCAAGGUAGACGGCGAGACCAGGGAAGACGCUGCGUAUCUGAUGCAGGUUAUGAAGGUAGUCAUCUGGUUUUUGGUCAUUUGCUCAGUUAUUGUCCAUGGUCUUUCCAUCCCCAUGGGAAAACUGGGCUUCCACAUUCCACGCACCCUCAGCACCGCCCUGUCCUUUGGCCGCACCACGUCCUCCGUCCCCAACGAUUCGCAGCCUGCCUUCCACGUCCCAGACUACGGCACCACCACCAACGCCGAUCCUCGUCUCUCACGUGGCCCGGGCUUUUCCCGCAGCACCGGCGACUCGCUGCCCACGCGUGUCGUUAGAAUCGGAAGAAGCCUUAUCAGAAGCGCGACCACCACGCCGACGGCAUCGAGGGCACCCAGUCUAUGUAGACCUGACGCCAGAGUUCCCAUGCCUAUGAACGAUGUUACUGCCACCACAGCAAACAACAACAGGCAGGAUGCAGAUGGCGCUGCCAAAUCGAAAGAGAAUGAUGAUAAUGGCGCUGAGGAACGCGUUAUUCCUGGUAGAACGAUUAGAUUCCAUGACGAGCAGCCGACGCAACCGCAGCCUGAGACUGCGGUCAAGGUGGAUGAUAAAGAAGAAGAGGAAUGAGUGUGGAAUCGUUUCAGAUGGUGGAUUUAUGUGUGUUUUUACUUCUGUCUAGACGCUGUAUCUGCAUGAUACAUAGGAUUGGCGUAUGUAGGGUCUGCUUUUGAUUUUGAGUUUUCUUGUUUACGAGCUGUUGUAUACCACGAUAUCCACAUGGAUGGAUACACGCAAAGCAUGACGAUGA